AUGUUGGGAGUUUUUGUUGUUGCCAUCCUUGCGAUCUCAACAGGUGUCGAAGCUGGUGUCGACUGUGAUUCAUCGAAAUAUUAUUCAUGUCAGGCCACACUCAACUCAGCGCUCAACAUUUUCGACACUCAACCUUGGUAUGACCCAGAGAAUUAUAGAUAUGAAGUGGAAAGUUACUAUCAAAAACAAGGAGUUGAUGGAAUUAGAAAAGUGUGCAGGUUAGUGAAAAUGAGCCAUUUAAUUAUCAAGAUGAAAAAAAUCUUGCAACUGACAAUUUUCAACAUUUUCAGUGUAAAUAUCAAAAAACCAAAUAAAUUUUCGAAACAAAAUUUUUCAGAGCUUUCCGCGAAUUCAAGCAAUGUAUGGGUGACCAAUACGCCAUUUGUAUGACACCUGUCCAUUUUGUCUCACUCUCUGCAACCACUUUGAACGCUUAUCAAUUUGUUGGGCUUUUCAAUCAAAUGCAUUUUGUUUGUGGCGCCGGAUUGCAAAGUGAGAAAAAAUAGUAAAAUUCCAAAAAAAUACAAAGAUAAUUUCAGCUUAUUUGAGCAAUGAAGAUUGUAUGUCAAACUCAUGGAAGGGUGAAAAUGGCGCAGCUUUGAAACAGUGUCGAAUGGAUUAUGAAGUCACCAGUGAUCUUGAUUUCAACCAAGCUUGCACGUAAGCUCGAGUUUUGGCUUGAUAAUCUAGUCUAAAAAAAAUUUUCAGACAAGCCAACAAGUAUCUCAUCUGUUUUGAAAAUCUAUUCAAACAACAAUGUGGUGACAAAUCAAAUGAUGCACAAUUUUGGGCUUGUGAAUAUUCCCGCGUUAAUGUUUUCACAAGAUAUCCACAAUGUGCCGCACGAUGUGUUUGUGAGUUUGUAAAAUUUCAAAGAUCUCAUAAAACUUUUUUUUGCAGUGCCAUACACCGGUGGAAUUCUCGGCUGA